GUUCAGGAUUUUUCCUAGUGAGCAGUUGUCUGGUAGCGGGGGAAGUUGUAAACGAGACUUAACAAAGAACAGCCCAUCACCACGAGCUCAAAGAAAACACAGGAGAGAGAAUGGCCAAUCUCCCACUCAACUUCUCUCAUGCCCCAAUCAAAAUUUCCUCUCUCACCAUCAAAGCUUCAUCCAAUGGGGUUCCUUUCUCAAAGCCCAAAUCAGGAGGUCUCGUGAUUCUUGACAUCCCACUGGACAAAAUUCGGAGGCCACUUAUGAGAACCAGAGCUAAUGAUCCCCAAAAGGUGAAGGAUCUCAUGGACAGCAUAAGCCAGAUUGGCCUCCAGGAGCCUAUUGAUGUGCUGGAGGUCGAAGGGGUAUACUAUGGGUUUUCUGGUUGCCAUCGCUUUGAGGCACACCAGCGUCUAGGUCUUCCAACAAUUCGCUGCAAGAUUCGACGUGGAACCAAAGAAACUCUAAGGCAUCACAUGAGAUAAAUCAUAAAAAGAACAAAGAACAUAUCAGGUCCUUGGUGAAUCCAUAUAUACAGUGUAUCACUUGAUGCAUCUGGAAAUAGGUCUAGUAACAGAUUUCUAUAUACAUGUAUACGUUUUAUAAAAUGUAAUUUCAUCUUGCUGAGCAACGAUUUGGAUGUAUAAUCAGUUUAAUCGUCAAAAUAUGCUCCGACAAAUAUUUCAUGUUAAUUAACGAGCUGCCAACCAUGCUGUAUGACAUGUUUUUUUCCCUACUUUCAA